AUGACUUCGUCGAUACCAUUGGGGCCUCAGCCUCCGUCUCUUGCUCCGCAGCUUCACGACGGAGAUUCUCUCAAAACUCGUUCCAAUAUGGAUUCAGACAAGGAAAUGUCUGCUGCUGUUAUAGAGGGAAAUGACGCUGUUACCGGUCACAUCAUUUCUACUACAAUUGGAGGCAAAAACGGUGAACCUAAACAGACCAUUAGUUACAUGGCCGAACGGGUUGUUGGAACUGGAUCAUUCGGAAUUGUAUUCCAGGCGAAGUGCUUGGAAACUGGAGAAUCAGUAGCCAUUAAGAAGGUUUUGCAAGAUAGGCGCUACAAAAAUCGCGAGUUGCAAUUAAUGCGACUAAUGGACCACCCAAAUGUGGUUUCCUUGAAGCAUUGUUUCUUCUCUACAACAAGUAGAGAUGAGCUUUUCCUCAAUCUUGUUAUGGAGUAUGUACCCGAGACUUUGUACCGGGUUCUGAAGCAUUAUACUAGCUCAAACCAGAGGAUGCCUAUUUUCUAUGUCAAACUUUACACAUACCAAAUCUUCAGAGGUUUGGCUUAUAUCCAUACUGCUCCUGGUGUCUGCCACAGAGAUGUGAAACCACAAAAUCUAUUGGUUGAUCCCCUCACCCAUCAGUGUAAGCUGUGUGAUUUUGGAAGUGCAAAAGUAUUGGUGAAAGGUGAAGCAAACAUAUCCUAUAUCUGUUCUCGGUAUUACCGAGCUCCAGAACUUAUCUUUGGGGCGACAGAGUAUACAUCAUCCAUAGAUAUAUGGUCUGCUGGUUGUGUUUUGGCAGAGCUCCUUCUUGGCCAGCCAUUAUUUCCGGGAGAAAACUCCGUCGACCAGCUUGUGGAGAUCAUAAAGGUUCUUGGUACUCCAACUCGAGAAGAAAUCCGAUGCAUGAACCCAAAUUACACAGACUUCAGAUUUCCACAAAUCAAAGCUCACCCUUGGCACAAGGUUUUCCAUAAGCGAAUGCCUCCGGAAGCCAUUGACCUCGCAUCUCGACUUCUUCAAUAUUCACCGAGUCUACGCUGCACUGCGCUCGAAGCAUGUGCUCAUCCAUUUUUCAAUGAACUCCGUGAGCCAAAUGCUCGUCUCCCAAAUGGCCGACCUCUACCACCGUUGUUCAAUUUCAAACAAGAGUUAUCUGGGGCUUCACCAGAGCUUAUAAACAGGCUAAUACCAGAGCACGUUAGACGACAGAUGAAUGGAGGCUUUCCAUUUCAAUCUGGUCCGUAG